AUGGAUGCAAAGCAAGUGUAUGAUCAACAGAUACCUUCAACUUCACAAUUUUCACAUUAUCCGAAACCAGAAAUGAUGCAGCAGUACCCUCCGGCUUGUAGACAAAACAUGCAACAUAUGUAUCCUGCUAGCUAUCCGCGAUCACCCUCUCGGAUUCCUCAAACAGAUCACACUAGUCAUUGGCUAAGCGGUCCUUAUAAUGCGGUGUAUGCUAACUCGCCUGUCCCUUCUGGUGCACCGUCUGUAAUGUCUCAUGUAAGCAUGCAAGAUGACCUUGUUUCUGUGAUGAGCGUUCAAACAACGCUAAACGCCAGCACAGCACCUUGCCCGCAAGACUCUCAGCUCACUGAAUUGCGACCACAGUCGCAGUUUUCAUCCUCUGCGUCAACACCGCCCUGUACAGAAAACGUAGAUCCUGCCACUUUACAAGAAGUUCGAAGAAAUAUUGCUUAUUCUAUUAAUAACUUCUAUAGUAACGAGCAGUUCAAAAUCAUCCAAUGUGUCUGCCAUUAUGCUCAACGGAAUAUGCUCCAAUUCGUGGAUAUGGGCAGUGUACACAAAUUGCUUCUACUUAUAACACAACUACUCAAAAAUACGAUCGAUCCAAACUUUCGUCGACAGAAUUCCCUUCAGACGAGUAAUUUACUGCUCAAUACGAUUUUCUACUUAAGUCGAAAUCAGACCACAUUGAGAGUGGUAAUGCAUGUAGCUUCCGAUAAAAAUACGUCAGAGUUCAUCUACAUUAUAGCACAUUUUGCAAAAGUCAAUCUGAACUGGGCAGCCGCCCUUACCCUCCAUACUCUCUUCGAUUAUAAUGGUCCAGAAGGAGCUAAGUGCAUAACAUACGCCAAGCAGAUCCAGCCUGGAGCGGUGCUUGAUGCUUUGCUGCACAUUUUGAAAGAGAAACCAGACCGAAAACGAACUUUAUUCGUACUUCAUUCCCUUCAGCUUCUCGCUCGCAAGGACAACAAUGCCAAGCAACACAUCGUUCAAUCUUAUAAUGGUCGAUUCAUCGAAUUGCUCAUCGGUUCUGCACAAGGUGGAUUGCUGGUCUUGGCUGAUAAUGCAAGAGAUCAAGGGCGGCUGCUAUAUCGCAUUCUUGCCUUGCUUAAUGUAGUCAUGGCUAGCCAAACUGCUGCAGAGCUAUUCGUCCGUUGGGGAGGGCUUCAGAAAGUCUGUGAACGACUCUAUCAAUCGACGGAUGUUCUUCGAGAGGGCAUUCACCUUAUUGCUCUUGCUAGCGAUGUAAAGACCGUAGAUGAUCAAGAUCUGAGGGUCUCCAUACGACAGGUGCUAGACAUUUUAUGUCGAUCCAACGACCGUGAUCUUUUCGUUAGGCGGUACAGCUCUGGCUUCUUGGUGAAUGUCAUUGCAAAUCGACCUGUCAAUAAGAGAUUGCUCAUAGAAUGCAAUGCCUUCGAUAUUUUUACCAGAUUGUGCUACCAGUAUUCCAACCUCGAACAAUGGAGUCAAACGAAAGAGAUGAGGAAUAUGCUGGAGGAGCUGGUGGAUAACAUUCUUUUGUGUUUGAACUCCUUAAUUGUGGAGCCAUUGAAGCCAGACGUGACUAAGGCUAGGGACACAUGCUUGUCACAGAAAUCAUUCCAAGUGUGCCUUUUGAAGCUACUCUCCAAUGGAAGCCAAUGCAUUCGCGCUCGUGUUCUGCGGUUAAUGACGCUUUUGCUAAGCUGUUGCGCUGGCUGGGGAGCAACGGUAACACAAGUUGUCCUUGAAGACAAAGGUGAAAACAUCAUUGGAGUGGUCUUCAAUGUGAUUUCUAUUACCAGGGCAGAUGCUACUGAUGACAAUCGUAGAGAGACUGUGAAUAUACUGACAGCAUGCUUUCGGGUCCUCAAUCUGGUGAUGUUCUGCGACGAGGGUGCAAAGAAAACAGUCACCCUUUUUGCACGG